AAGUCACUCAUUGAGAGCAGAUCCCACACACACACAGAGGGAAAGAGAUUAAUGCUGCGAGCCACUACCUGCUGAAUCUGCUGUCUCCGUGGAAACGCCGAUGAGCCACAAUAAGGAGGCGAAGAGUAGGAUUCCCCAGCCAGACGGUCCCGAGCGCGCAAAGGAGGAGGAGAGGAGCCACUCUGAUUCGCUGGCAACCAUGGACGCCAAAGUGGAGCGCUUUCUCAAGUUAGGAUACUCUUACAGCGACAUCCUCAGGGUACUGGAGAGCCUCCGGCACGACGCCCAGACCAAUGACAUCUUGGAGGAGCUGAUAAAGACGUGCCACACUCGCACCCACAACAACAGGAGCGUGCCAAACAGCCCCAAGCUGGUGCCCAGAGGCUGCAGCCCCAGCCCCAGCCAAGCCAGACCGGGACCGGACAGAGAAGCGGCAGCUGGAUUCAGACCGGUGGUUAUAGACGGCAGCAACGUGGCCAUGAGCCACGGCAACAAGAAGGUGUUUUCGUGCCAGGGUCUCCAGCUGGCAGUAAACUGGUUUUGGGACAAAGGGAUGCGCGACAUCACUGUGUUCGUCCCCCUGUGGAGGAAGGAGCAGCCGAAGCCUGAGGCGCCCAUCACAGAUCAACAUAUUCUCCACGAGUUGGAGAGGAGGAAGAUCCUGGUGUACACGCCAUCCCGCUGCGUAAACGGGAAGAGGGUGGUGUGCUAUGAUGACCGCUACAUAGUCAAGCUGGCCUUUGACUCAGAUGGCAUCAUCGUGUCCAAUGACAACUACCGCGACCUGCAGACAGAGAACCUCCAGUGGAAGAAAUUCAUAGAGGAGAGGCUGCUGAUGUACACAUUCGCCAAUGACAAGUUCAUGCCUCCAGAUGAUCCUCUGGGCAGGAAUGGUCCCACUAUUGAUGAUUUUCUGAGAAAGAAGCCACGCACCCCAGAAAACAAGCUGCAGCAUUGUCCAUAUGGAAAGAAAUGCACUUAUGGAGUAAAGUGUAAGUUCUACCAUCCAGAGAGGGCCAACCAGUCCCAGUUGUCAGUGGCUGAUGAGCUGAGGGCCCUAAGAGACAGAGACAGAGCCAAGAACAUCUCCCCUGCUGCAUAUCAGCAGGAGCACAGGUACAUCUCCACCCCUCCACCUCUGGGCAUAGAUGAGCUGUCACACAGGGCUUCGCCAGGGGAGCAGUCCAUCUGUCAGAGGGACACCAGCAGCCCGAGAAACCAAAUGAACUCAAGUCUCCAACACUGCCCGAGCCCAGAUAUAGAUGAAGCCUUCAGCUCCAUGGACAGCUCUCUGUCCAGGCUCUAUAUCCAUGACAUGGCCUACAGCAGGGAGCAACCUGUGCACAGCUGCAGCAGCGGGGUGGCCAGCUACAGCCUGAGUCAAGAUGAGUACUCUGGGUCUUAUGGUGGCAACGCCCCGAGGAUCUGCCUGAACGGGGGUUACUACGCUCAGCCAAAUGGACUGGCAUCGCGUGAGCCCCCCACGUGCAGUCAAUGCAGGUGCUGUCACCAGCAGACCAGACUAUCCCCAAACAGCCACCAGCAGCAGCACCACCACCACCUCCAGCAGCAUGGAUGGAGCUCAUGUCCAGCUCUACCACCACAUAAUGGGGAGCUUCCCUCUCAAUUUGCAGAGAAGCAGUACUACAGACAGCCCUCCCACAGACAGACCCACAGCUUGCCCAGGGACCCAUGGGUGCAGGGCAGCCUGUCUGACCCUAGGCUGAGCAGUGGGGCUAAGAGCCCAUUGAGCGAGCGGAGGAAGGCUCUGAGGAUCCAGCUUAGCACCCUAUUCCCCCAGAACAUGGUAGAGCAAGUCAUGAAUGCUUACCCGCACGUGUCUGACAUGUCUGAACUGAUUUCUCUCAUCCAGAACUACAGAGCGAGCCACUUCAGUUUCUAGAUCCCAAGGAUUUUUUUUUUUUUUACAUUUCUUCAAACCGAGCCCAUGUUGGAGUUCUCAAUUCAAAAGAAAAGUGAAAACUGAAGAACGAGAGCACUUCUCGAAAUUACUGUGAAUUCAUUAUGACAGUUUGUACUGUGCAAAAUGAUUUGUCUUGCUUGAACAUGAUGCAAACUUACCCUUCAUUUGAAGCAUUACAAAGUGACACGAUCUGCAGAAAAUGUAGCAGAUUGAGUGCUCUCUCUUUAUCCUAGUGUAAAAGUGCAAUGCACUAAGCUCCAUACAAGCUACUUAUUGUAGCCUGAAAAUUUUUUGUUUUAAAUAAAAGCAGCAUGUGUUGUUUUCCCAUGUUGCCUCAAAGUGAGGAACGCUAUAUUCUAUAUUUCUGUAAAGAAUGUCAUUGAUCUAUUUUUAAUAUGAAUUCGAAUGCCUUGUUUUUGCUGAGAAAUAAAAGCGCUCAAACCACA